AGCUAUAGUCUGCGACAUUGUUUUACAUUUGAAUUUGGCAACGAUUAAAUUGAUUCCUUUGAUAUAAGAAAUGGGUUAUGUCAGGACGGAUGAUCAACAACAGCAACAUAAAAAAUAGGCCUACCUACCAUUUGCUAUUUAACGUUAACUAGCUAAACCACCAUAAUUAUCUCAUCGCAUUCACUGUCUUUUGUGUCCCGUAAAUGUCCUAUUUGUGGAUAUGACUGACAUGUCCUCAAUCGAGUGGUUUCUAGUUCUAGGAUGGUAGUUAGCAACUGUAGCCCUAGCAUGCUUUGUGGUCGUGGGCUAACGUUAACUAUCUAUUUAGCCAAGUAGGUAACGUUAGCUAGCAAGCUGUUUUUCUUUAUCCAUGUUGAACUUCGAAGCCGUGCCAACAACACGUUUGGGUGACUAGCUGGCCCCAGACAGUGUGGCUUUGAGAUCAUGCAUGUUUCAUGCUUACAUGUCCAUGAGUAUUGUUAACGGUAGGUCGCUAGCUGACAAGCUCAUUCGACAUCUGGUCAGCAAAAGGAAACUGCCAGACAUUUUGACAGGUCGUUCAGGUUAUUUGGGUAGCCUUUUAGUGACAGUAGUCAGCUAACGUUACCUAACGUUAGCCAUUAAGCUAUUGUUGGCUUGCAAUUCAUGACUGAGAUGCUAAGGUGUCACUGGUUUGCUCAACUGUUGCGUAAAUAAGACUUGUCUUGUUCUCUAUCUAUGCAAAGGUACCUAAACUAGUUUAUUGCUGCAAAUCUGGUAGAUGGAGAAGGAAAAAUAACUGGCCUUGACUGGUCGAGGAAAAAACAGCUAAUGCAUUCAUGGCCUUGUCUGAAUCACGAAGAGCAGCCAAGCCACAUUCUCAAAACAAAAUGUGUUUUUGAAAAAAACUAAACUUCUGAUGCCGAAUUUAAAAUGCACUCUUCCAGUUUUGCAGAGCUUGACCGAACGUGUUACUAUUGUGCCAAUAAAUAUUAACAGUAGAGAAACACGUUUAGUUAUCUUGUGUGCAGAUUAUCAGCCUUACAUAGGCCUCUGCCACAUCUCAAAUACAACCAACAGAGCUUGCUUGACCUGUCAUCAAAACAACUUCCCUCAUGUACACUCUGCAAUCCUGGUGGUUAAGUUUAGCACCACACAUGCCCCAUGAGUGUGAUUGAGAGAAGCCACAAUCGCACUGGGUUAAAUUAGGAGCAUAAAUAUAAUGUAUUAAAAUAGUAUUUCUAAGCCACAACUGUAGGCUACCAAAGGAGAUGGCCUAGGUGCAAUACAAAAUAAACAUUUGAAGUUUACUGUUAGGAACCUUUCUCAAACAGUUGAGGGGGUGGGGCUUUGUAAGGAGAUGGACAGGUUUCUUCCCUCUGGUUCUCCUAUCCCCAUAUGGGUGCUGUGAUCCAUGUAAACCAGAGGAAUGCACCUUUUUAAUAAAUUACCCUGCAGUGACUCUAGUGGUGCAAGGCCUGACCUGGCCUGCACAGCCCCCCUGCUGCUCUGUCAUUCCUCAGGAAAUGUCACCAUCAAAUGGCUGUGACAGUGUGUACCAAAUGGCACUCUAUUGCCUAUGUAGUGCACUGAAUAGGGUGCCAUUUGGGAUGCAAUAACAGUGAUCCAAGGACAGGUGUGGGGGUUAGGUGCCAAGAAGCUGCUGCUUCUGAACAGUUUGACUGUGUCUUGUACACUGUCACCCUUCUGCUGCCUCAGCGAACAGCCAACCCCUUCUCCUGACUGUUGGGUUCUUAUUAGAUUAGGAGAUUCCCUGACUCUUCAGUCUGGUCUUUACGAUUGCAGUUUCAAAACACCGCUAGGUCUAUCUCGUCUUAGCUUGUUGUCGUUAAAUCACAUUUAGCCUAGCCUUAGGGUUUGGUGGAACCAGCACCGAAGGUUUUAGCAAUAAGUAAGAUAGGGUUGGGCCAGGACAUUGAACUCCUUUUGACUUAUGUAUAUUGAUAUGGAGUACUGGAGACCAAUGGUUCCCACUUUAUUUAUUUAAAUUUUAAGUAACUCGAAGGUUUUCAACUUACUCUUAAAGGUUCUAAUAGGAGAAUGAACAAGGUGCAGUUUUGAAAUUGUGUAGUGCGUAAUCAGUUUUCCUCUUGUCAUUGCAUACUUAAUAUAUUGUGAAAUCUGUUUUGUUAAUGUAUUGUAAUGUUUGAAAAAAAAUAACUGCUGCCUCCCGAGUGACGCAGUGCUAGAGGUGUCACUACAGACCUGGGUUUGAUCCUGGGCUGUAUCACAACCGGCCGUGCUCGGGAGUCCCGUAGGGCGGAGCACAAUUGGCCCAGCGUCGUCCGGGGGAGGGUUUGGCCGGGGCAGCUUCACUUGGCUCACCGCGCUGGCUUUAUGUGGGCCGGGUGCCUGCAGGCUGACCUCGGUCGUCAGGUGAACGUUGUUUCCUCCGACACAUUGCUGCGGCUGGCUUCCAGGUUAAGCAGCCAAUCAGUGAUGGAUUCCAAGCCUCGUCGGCUGCCCUUUACGGUGUCCGGCACCACGUCGUCUUAUUCUUCAUCCUCUUCCCCCUCCUCCCUGGGUUCCAGCAGACUCUAUGGAAGACCCAGUGUCCUGAACAGUGAUCGAUUCACCAGGGCCACACCCCUUAAACCUGACCUCGACCACCAGGUGCCUCCGAGCUCUCGGUUCCUCAGCUCGACCAGGGACUACAGUAGCUCUGACAGCUGCCACUCCAGCUGGAAAUCCCCUCUGACCACCUCCUCGGUCUCCUACGAUCGCUCCUGGGCCGAGUCCUCACUGAGCAGCCGCAGCAAACUGACUGAUUCAGAGCGAAGACUGGGGACGUACUCAGGACUUCUCAGCAACACAACUGAUGAUGGAGAUAACAAACGGGUCAAACUGUCCUAUACCAACAGAGCUGCAUAUACAAGAAGCCCCUCCUCCUCUGUGACUGGCUCCUCCUACUCCAGCAGUAUCCUCAGAGACUCUGAUUUGUCGUCGUGGAAGUCGUCCUCCUCCUCCUCAGAGCCCCUGUGGUCCAGAAGGGAGCUGGAGAAAAGGACUGAGGGGAGGAGUCUGUCUAGUGAGGCUGACACCAGCUAUAGGAGCUCUGGACUCACCUCAUCCCUGUACCGGCCAGACCGUGUGACCUCCACCUAUGCCCAGGGGGCUCGGCCCAAGGAGACCCUCUACUCUUCCUCUAGCAGGGAGAGCAGCUCCCUCAGCCGCCACCUCUCUUCCACUUACCAGCGCUUCCCACUGGCCCGGGACUCCACCACCUCCUGGACCACCGGCCACUCCCUGACCACCUCUACCCUCCGCACCACCAAGGAACCCACUGAGAGCCCAGAGCCCACUCUAGGAGCCUCCGUCUCCUCUCGCCCCUCGUCUUGGUACACAACUCCCUCAGCAAGACGGGAGGCCCGGGACUCCAGCCCCCCUCCCUCCGCGCCAACCACCACCCCCAGGACAACCCCAGAGGGUGGCGAGGCAUCCGAUGGAUGUCGCUCCACCCGCCGUCUCCUCUCCCGCCUCUUCUCUCGGCGCUCCAGCCAGGACUCCAGUGGCUCCAGCUCUGGCUCCACCUCCCGCUCCUUCGACUCGGCAGAGGACAGCCCUGUCGUUGAAGGCCCCAGUCACACACCCGUGGCUACCAGCGAGGAGAGCGUCCGGCCCGUGAGCGUGGAACCCGUUCCCAGAGGCUCUGACGCGGCUCAGGCCUUUGCCUUCUUGAGGCGUCGCAGACAGGGCCUGUCCCCGGUCCAGGAGGGUCAGACCCAGCGUGGCCUGGAGGCCUGGAGAGGGGGCAGCACCAGUGGUGUUGUAAGUAGUACUUCAGGUUCCUCCUGGCUGUCGUCUUCCAUCCAGACCCGCUGCACUCCUCUCUUCUCCCGCCGUAGAAGAGAAGGACGGGAUGAAAGCGCUCGCCUGGCAUCCGGCGCCGACGAGGAUUGCCGUGGUACCCAGUUCCCCCUCAGGAGGAGAGAUUCCUCUGAGGCAGAGGAUGAUGAUGAGGAGGAAGAGGAAGUUGCAGCCUCGGGGGCGAUGGGCGCUAGCGUCGCCCUACAGGAGGAGUUGAGAGACAUGGCGGGGAGUAGUCAGCGUUUGGCGAGGUUCAUGAGCAGCCCGCUGUUCCGCGUCCACGACAACGUCAUGAUCGCCGUGGACGUGACGGGCGCCGCCGGGAGCCAACCGGAGUGCCAGGAGAAGCCCACCUCCUCAAGAGACCCUGAGAGACUGAGGAAGAUCCAGGAGAGCCUGCUGUUGGAGGACUCUGACGAGGAGGAAGGGGACCUGUGUCGUAUUUGCCAAAUGGGUGAGGAGUCUCCCUCCAACCCUCUGAUCGAGCCCUGCCGUUGUACAGGCAGCCUGCAGUAUGUUCACCAGGACUGCAUCAAGAAGUGGCUGCGUUCCAAAAUCAGCUCUGGCACAAAUCUGGAUGCCAUCACCACGUGUGAGCUGUGCAAAGAAAAGCUGCACCUGAACAUUGACAACUUUGACAUCAACGAGCUACACAGGACACAUGAGAAGUCUGAGUACGAGUUCAUCAGCUGUGGCCUUUACCUGGUGGUGUUGCUUCACCUGUGUGAGCAGAGGUUCUCUGAUGUGCUAGGAGCUGCCAACGAUGCCGGGUUUUUCAACCUGGCGAGAACCCUUCACGAACACAUGGACAAUCUUGAAAGCUCUUAUGGGGAAUCGGACGAAGAGGUGGUUGAUACUCGGCCGUCAAUCGAUUUCUGUGACCUCGAUGAAGACUUGGAAGAGGAGUACAAUUGACCGAAGGGGAUAAGGAAAAAUAGAUGAGGGGAGGGGAGGGGGGAGGGGGGGGGGGCAAGCAGAAGAAGAAUUGAAGGAGUUACCAGCUAGUAGCAACCCAUUUUGUUUCACCUCGUGUGAUUUUACUGAGUGCAAUGGCUUGUGAGAUUUUCUUUAAAGCCAAUGCCAAGUAGAUGGGAAGUCACUCCUGACGUAGAGGUGACGAUGUCAUAGAUAUGCAGACUGACUUUGAAGUGGACCGAGGUGAGGAAAUGCUUUAUCCCCCCCCCCCUGUUAAUUUCCCCUUCCUUUAGGUCUCCAGAUUUGAGCUUUUUUCCGUUAAAAUGCAAGAUGUCUUUUUGAACUGUGAUACCACGAGUGCUUUAAAUGUUUCCUGAUCUACAAAAGCAGAUCCGGCCACCGUGGUGAGAUAGUGUAAAGAGAAAUUGAAAAAGCUCCCGAACACACUGGUUCAUUAGUUUAGUGGGUUGGGAGAAAGUUAAGGGCUCCGUUUAGGGAAGAAUAUCAAAAAGUGGCAAAUUAUUCCCUUUACUGUUUACAGCUCAAUAAUUGACAGUUUGUUCUGUUUUUGUCUUUUCAAUGUUUGCGGUAUGAAAAUGCUAUUUUGCUUGGCUCUGAAACUUGUUUUCAUUUAACUAUUGCAAUAAAGUUUUGAAUGUA